AGACCAGAAGUGAAGUGUCUGUGUGAAUGUGUGUGUGUGUCAAAUAUUAGUAUCAUUAUGUCAGGUCAAAAUCAGCUCAACAGGACAGAAGACAACAAACUGCAAACACCUGUGAAGGACAAUGCCUUACCAGGAAAAAAACAGCUUUCACCGGGUCCUGCACGUAAACUGGGGUUGACGAGAAAAGCACGAGACAGGAGGGAUUUCAAGGAAGAUGAAAACCCUGAAGAGAAAGCAAAAAGGCACAAGGAGCAGGAGCUCAAGCCUUUGUAUAAGGAUCUGUUGUACACCAUCGCACACAAGAUGGGUAAACCGUCGUCAACUGAGGUCUUCACAGAUAACCAGCUUCACCAGUAUAUCAAAGAGGCUUUCACAAUGACAGAGACAGAGCACAACAGUCUGAUGGAGGGUGUACAACGCACAGAGCCGCCUGCAUACUGCCUGAUGGCCACAGUCAAAGAAGCCAAGGAGAUUAUCGGAAAAGAUGUCAGCGGUUUUAGUGACCCAUACUGCCUGUUGACCAUACUGGUGGACGAAGAAGAGAAUCGGACACGCCAAUCCAGAGCAAAACCUUGUAAAUCUGUGGUAAAGGACGCCGUAUCAAACGAUAAGAUUUGCGAGACAGAUGUAAAGAAGCAGACUCUGAACCCCAUCUGGAACCAAACCUUUAUACUAGAGUUUGAAGACAUCCUUGGCGCCAGCUUCCACCUUGAGAUGUGGGAUAAGGAUGAAGAGGUUUCUCUAACUCAGAAACUAGAGGACUUCAAAACCAACUUACAUAACUUAAGAAGGAUGAUCAAGGAGGCCAAAAAGGAGAAAGGCACUGACGACUUUUUGGGAAACGUUGUCCUUAAACUACAGGAUCUCCACUGCACAGAAGACAACUGGUACGAUCUAGAGCCAAGAACAGAGACGUAUCCAAAUCGCGGCAAAUGUCACCUGAAUCUCAAGUUCAUCCAUAAAGCGAGAGACAAGACGCUGAGCAAUGGUCAAAGUGCUUAUAUCAACUACUGUGGGAUUCUGCAGCAGUUUGUUCAGUAUUACAUCUCCAAGCAACAGAGCUCUGCUCCGUGGAAAGGGGCGUUGUCCGGCGAGGCUCAGAUUCUGCUGGAGCUUUAUGCCACACAGAAUGACCUCUCACCUUUUCUCCAGGACCUGGCGAAGUGGGUGGCUUACAGUAAACUCUACCAGAGCCUAGAGGUGGACUCUUCUGUGAUGCUCCAGCAGCUCACCAGUAUAGAGUACCACUGGCAUCAGCAGGAGCUACCAUACCAACAGAAACAGGAACUUGGGGAUUCUCUUCAUGGUUUCCUGCAGUACGGACUAUGUCUUGUGUCCAAAUAUAGAGACAUAUUCCCCCCAACUCCCAGUGCUACUCCGAAACUACACACCCUGCUCAGAAUCUUGGUCCAGAUCUGUAAGACUCAGGCGUUUCAGAAACUGAACCCAGCUCAGGUUGAGCUGAAUGAUGAAGUCAAGGAGGCCAUACAGACAGGAACACAGGAGUGGUUCAUCAUCAAAAAAGGUUUACAUCAGCCAAUGACAAAGGACAUGUCCGAGAUUGUGAACGCCCUCUCCAGGUUGAUCGGAGAGGUGCAGGAAGAUGUAAAACACAACAAGGACGUUUGGAACAGAGUAUUUGUCAGUGCUGUGCAAGUGGAUGUGUUCACUGUCGUCUAUCAGAAGUAUGACGUUCUACUUGCAAAAGAAGUGAGGGAAACCUUAUCCCUGUUGGAGGGUCAGAUGGAGCAGCCUCUAGCCAACAGCCUGUUCCCUGUUUACCUUAGCCUGCAGGGCAUCCACAAAGACAAGGCCUUCUUACAGAAAAGGGGAUUACUCCAGCUGACAAACUUUCAUGAAGGCUUCAGAGACGCUCUGCCUUACUGGUUGAACCAGGCAUUCAGCACCACUCAGGACAGGGUGGAGAGGGCUGUGCAGGUGGACCAGCUACAGCCCCUUCAGUCUGGUUCAGUACCCAUAAAACACAGUUCCUCUGCAGUGGACCUGGUGGCAUGUAUCCAGCCAAUUUGCAAGAUGUGGGAGCAGCUGUCCUGGCCUGACCCUGAGGAAGCCUUCAUGCUAAUGGUCAAAAUCACAGAGGAUGUGUGUAAGAUUGUGGUGACCUACUGUAACAUCCUGAAGGAGAGGGUGAGGGUGCUCUCUGAGAACUCUGACCCAGGCAGCGCCAUCAACAUGCUGUGUGUGGUAGUGAAUGACCUGGAACAUCUACGAACCGUCCUCAACCGGCUUCCUACGCAGCUGAACUGGGCAGGACUUCGGGAGCGGACCCAUCACGUCAUCCAAGAAAGUCAGUUUCAUAACACGCUGCCAUCUCAGCUUCAGCAAGCACAGAGUGUCCUCGGAAAAGAGAUCCGCUCCGCUUUAGACACUCUGGGGAAAAAGCUGAAUACAGACAUUGGGACUCAUGUCAAAAGCAUGUCAACCAGGCGGAGGAUUCCCUCAAAGUCCACAGAGGAUGCUGCAGCCCCUCUCAUGCGCUAUCUGGAGCAAGAGCUACAGUAUAUGAACGAAAACCUGGUUCAAGAGAACUUCAACAGUCUCCUGACUCCUUUGUGGAAUAACUCAGUGAUGAUCCUCUACCAGGAGGCUACGAAGCAUCCACAGCAAGAGGGGCUCAUGGUGUUCUGCCAAAGACUGCUGUAUACACUGCAGUGCCUGGAGCAGUGCUUCCAUGCUGAGGGAAAUGGACUUCCUCUGAAUACACUCCAAUCUGAUAAGUACAAGGUUCUCAAAUCUCACCUGACUCACCAUUCCCUGAGCAGCAAUCAGCUUACGGAGAAGUUCCUUGAGAGGAAAAUAUGGGAGCAGAAUGUGUACAGUGGAGAGAAAUACGGUGCGGUCACCCUCCUCACAUCCUACAGGAGGUCAGACCAGAGACUCAGAGUUGAGGUGUUGAAUGCAGUCAACCUCUUACCAAUGGACUCUAAUGGUUUGAGCGACCCGUUUGUGCAGCUGUGUCUGGAGCCUCAACACACCUUUCCCGAAGUCGAGGCUCGCUGCACUCAGAUCAAAAACUGUGAUCUCAAUCCCCUUUUUGACGAGGCCUUUGAGUUCAUGGUUUCAUUAGAUCAGUGCCAGGCUCCCGGGGCUUGCCUGGUGGUGACGGUUCUGGACCACGACACCUUAAGGACAGAUGACUUUGAAGGAGAGGCCUUCCUGGCCCUCAAAGGGAUACCAGGAGUUGGUGGAGUAAGGGAAGCAGCUGCAGAUGGACUCGGUUCAGAGUCAGACCCCACCCCCGCUCAGAUACGCCUGCCUCUGAUGCAUCCUAAACCUAAUGAUGACAGCAUCCUGAAGUUACUGGAGUCCCGCAAAGGAGAGCGGGAGGCACAGGCCUUUGUGAAGAAGCGAAGACAGAGAGAGAAACAGUCCCAGGAAGAGAUUCAACCGUGAAAAACACACUCAGACAAUUCCUUCCUCCAAAAAUAUACAAUUUGUUUUAAUGAUCUGUACCAAAAAACAAACAAAAAAUUCCACUAAGAGGGAAACACUGGUGUUGGAUGAGUUGUGUGUGGACAGUAUGCUGAGCACGAGUUUACCAGAGACCAUCACAGUGAUCAUGAACACUUUCACACCUGCAUUUGAACCUCACACACCUUUUAGCUGUCUGUUUCCUGAUGCUUUGUCUAAUCAGUGCAAGAGAUAAGUAUGACAUCACUUAACUAUGUAUAUAUAUAAUAUAUAUAUUAUACUACAUUUGACACACUGUGAAAUGUCAAAGAUUACUACAAAUGUAAAAAUUUUGGCAGAGAAACCUGUCACACAUUGAUUUUAAACAUAGCUAAAGGGCUGUUUUUAACAAAAAAAAGUGUACAUUUGAGUUAACAUGAAAAGCGUAAGUAAAAAUAAAAAAUAUGUAAUUUCAAAA